AUCCUAAUGGCGCGCAUUUAGCCCGAAGGCAUGGCGGGGGAGGACAGAUACGGGACAUUUGUCCCUGAAGAUGUUCCUAUCUAUAGCAAACAAGGACAGAAGAUUUGGAGACGAAGGCUUGCCUGGUUUUUCGGCAUAGCCGUUUGUUUUUGCGGAUUCGUCUUCGUCGUGAUACAAGUGUCUAAAUAUUUUCUGAAAUCAUGGAAUCCUUCCAACAAGAGCAUGCUGCCGGCAUCCUCGCAGCUCUUCCCGGCUGACAUGACUCAAUUGAUGGACAACAGCGCAUCGCCGUGCGACAACUUCUACGAAUAUGCUUGCGGGAAUUUCAUUAAGAACCACAAGCUAAAUCCAGACCAGUUAGAGUUCGCCCACGCAUGGGAUGGUGUGGAAAGAAACAACACACGAAGAUUGCUCCCUAUUAUAGCAAACUCGGACAGCAAUGCUGGCGUUUUCUACAGGAGUUGCAUGAAUACGUCGGCGAUCAAUGCGCUUGGGAUCUCUCCUCUGAUGCCAUUUAUCAAACAAGUACAUGCGGUCAAAGACCUUGUCUCACUGACCGUGGUCGUGUAUUGGUGGCACAAGGCAAACGUGGUGGUGUUCUAUGAUUGGUCAGUAGAGAGCAAUCCAGAUAAGCCCGAAGAGUCGGCAUUGUACUUGAUGCAGGGAGGAAUCACGUUCCCCUCCCCCAACUUCUACAUCUCGAGUGAGCCAUCCAUGAAGCUCAAGAGGGAGGGUUACAAGCGCGUGGCGACUGAUGUGCUCACCAAGGUCUGUAAGAUUAUGCCCGAAUGCGAUGUGGCCACAUGGCCCAAAGUCGCAGCGGAAAGGUCUCUUGAGGUGGAAACAGCGUUGGCCGAGAGAUUUGCCUCAGCGCAGGAGCAGAGGGUGGAGCGAGCGCAACCUUACGACAUCGAAGAGCUCGAGAAACUCUGUCCUGCUCUCCAUCUCAAGCGGUUCAUCAAUGCAAUGGCUGGCACCUAUCACUCGCAGGCAGAUACCAUCGCAGACAAGAUAACAAUCAUGAUCAGAAACUCGCCUUACUUCGAAUCCAUGAACAAAUAUCUCGUCAAGGCUGAUCUGGACAGCAUCAAGGCUUAUCUGCUAUUUCGACUUGCAUUUGUGCUGGGUGCAGAUAUGGACAAAGAGAUGGAAGACACAGGCUUCAUGCUCCAAAGGAUUGUUACUGGUCAGGUUAAGAAAGUUCCAAGAUGGAAGAAGUGCAUGCAUGCUGCGAUCAAUGCCCUUCCAGACGAUGUUGGCAAGCUCUUUGUCAACAACUUCUUCUCCACCAAGCGUAAGAUGGCAGCUGAGCACAUGUUGAUGCGGUUGAAACUUGCCUUCAAAGACGACUUGCUGAGGGUCGACUGGAUGCAGAACUCCACCAAGCAGGCAGCGCUGGAGAAGCUGCACGUGAUGUUCUUUGCUAUCGGCCGCCCAUCCUACUGGAACUACUACAAUGGAGUCUAUCUAGUCGACGACAAGUACCUGUGGAACGGCUUGCAGCUUUCGGAAUGGUACAUCCAACAUUCGUUCAAGCGUUUGACGAGAAAGACCGACCCUCACCGUUGGGGCAGCACUUCCCCCACUAUGGUGGAUGCGUUCUACAGCUACACGGCAAACGGUCUAUACGUCCCUGCUGGAAUUCUGCAGGAGCCAUUUUUCAGUGCGUCUUACCCUCUUGCAAGAAACUUUGGAGCUCUGGGCGGCAUUCUUGGGCAUGAGAUCACUCAUGGAUUCGACGAUCAGGGGAGGAAGUUUGGUGGGCGAGGGACUCUGGCAAACUGGUGGACCAUGUCGGACUCAAGGAGGUUCGAGGAGAAAGCCCGAUGCAUUGAGCACUUCUACUCCUCCUUCAAGGUGGAGGGAAGGCAUGUCAACGGCCUUCUAACACUGGGGGAGAACAUUGCGGACAUGGGCGGCGUAAAGAUCUCGUACGAGGCCUUGCAGGCGGUGAUGCAGGAGAAGUAUCACCGCAAGUCGACCAAGGACGAGGACAAGCUCUUCUUCCUCUCCUGGGCUCAGAAUUGGUGCACCGUUGAGAGGAAGAGGGCCGAGGAGCUGCAGCUCUUCACUGACGAACACUCCCCCAACAAGCUACGAGUCAACGGCCCCCUCAUGAACUUUGAAUCUUUCGCGGAAGCGUAUUCGUGUCCUGCGGGAUCGUACAUGAGCCCGAGGCAGCGAUGUAACAUGUGGUGA